UGAAACCAAACUCAAAUUCACCAAAGAAACCAAAGAAGAAGAAGAGCGAAACUGAAACUAAGAAGAAGAAUAUUAGAUUUCGUGGACUGAAUAUAGCUAUUGGAGAAACUCGUUUUGAUUAGUGUCUACCAAGGUUUUUGUUUGUAUAACGAUGUCUAGUCCUAUGGAGUGCUCUGAUUUCGCCGCUACUCGGAGAUUUACAAGGAAGCCUAGCUUCUCCCAGACGUGUAGUCGUUUGAGUCAGUAUCUGAAGGAGAACGGUAGCUUUGGAGAUCUCAGCUUAGGGAUGUCAUGCAAGCCUGAGGUCAACGGCAUCUCACGUCAGCCCACAACAACCAUGAGUUUAUUCCCUUGUGAAGCUUCCAACGUGGAUUCCGUUGCGAAUGGUCAAGAUGUUAAACCCAAGAACCUGUUUCCUAGGCAACCAAGCUUUUCUUCCUCAUCUUCUUCUCUCCCCAAGGAAGAUGUCGUCAAAAUUACACAAACUACUACUACUAGAUCUGUGCAACUAGAGCCUCAAACUGCACCGUUGACUAUAUUCUACGGCGGGCAAGUGAUUGUGUUCAACGACUUUUCUGCUGAGAAAGCCAAAGAAGUGGUGGACUUGGCGAGCAAAGGAACCGCUAAUACCUUCACCGGUUUCACAUCUAAUGUCAACAACAACCAAAGUCUUUACACUAGAGCCAAGAAUCAACCAGAGAUCAGAAACAGCAUUGCUCCUAUCCCAAACCAACUUCCUCUUCUCAUGAAAACCACAACACAAGAUCCAAUUCAAUCCUCCUCAACUGCAAUGGCAUGCGAACUUCCUAUUGCUAGAAGAGCUUCCCUCCAUCGGUUCUUGGCCAAGAGAAAGGACAGGGUUACGUCAAAGGCACCAUACCAAUUAAGCGAUCCAUCCAAAGCGUCUUCAAAGCCUCAAACCGGAGACAACACCACCGCUUGGCUUGGUUUAGCAGCUGAAAUGUGAAGGACAUGGCUUAACCACCACAAACCGUACCAGGCUAUUCUUUUGACGUCUCAUCAAUAAACAAGAUAUAUAUAUAAAAAUGCUCCUGCGUUAUGGUUCUUAGUUCACGUUUAACUAUAUUUUACAACUAUAUUUAAUCGUUAGGAAACUUCAUAUAUUUGUAUGUAUCUGUUUAUGAUUAGCGAUCAAUUCUUGUUAGUCUGUCUUGUACUAGGUCUUGUAUCAUGUCAGUCUAAAUCCCCUUUCUCUGGGCCGUCUCAGAACUAGUCUCGUACGUUACUGAGUUUGUAAGAACAACAAAUUUUGUUGAUGGCAAUGCUAGUUUUAAUUUUAAUCUUCU